GAAGAGAAAGUUGUUGUAGGUGGCCACUCACACCACUGGGGGGCAGCAGCAUAUCCUGAAAAUCGGAAGCAAGCGAUACAACCGGAAGUUUAUAUUCCAGCAGUUUAGCUUUGUGAGCUAAUCCUUUUCGGUAUUCUUUGGUUUUUCUCUUUGAGUUGUAUUACAACCAAAAGCAACAAUGUCCGAAAGAAAAGUCCUGAAUAAAUACUACCCUCCGGACUUCGAUCCUGCCAAAAUCCCAAAACUUAAACUCCCGAAAGAUCGUCAAUAUGUCGUCAGAUUGAUGGCUCCGUUCAAUAUGAGGUGUAAGACAUGUGGCGAGUACAUCUACAAGGGAAAGAAAUUCAACGCUCGUAAAGAGACCGUUCAGAAUGAACUAUACAUGGGACUGCCGAUCUUCCGAUUCUACAUCAAAUGCACUCGGUGUCUUGCUGAGAUCACAUUUAAGACUGACCCAGAGAAUACGGACUACGCCAUGGAGCAUGGCGCAACACGUAACUUCCAGGCUGAGAAACUCAUUGAGGAAGAGGAGAAGAGGAUCCAGCAGGAGAGGGAAGACGAGGAAUUAAACAACCCCAUGAAGGUGUUAGAAAAUCGCACAAAGGAUUCCAAGAUGGAGAUGGAAGUUCUGGAGAACCUCCAGGAACUGAAGGAGCUGAACCAGAGGCAGGCUCUGGUGGACUUCGAGGGAAUGAUCGAUCGAUAUAGAGAGCUGGAAAAGAGAGAGAGGGAGCGAGAAAAAGAGGAGGACGAGCGCGAAACGACAGAGAUGUUGGAGCGUGUGCUUGUGAAAAGACUGAGAGACUCUGAUUCCGAUUCAGACAGAGAGGAGCAGAGCAGCAGCCAGUCAAAGACGUCCUGUGCAGACAAACCAACUGAUAUUCUCACCACUGACAAAACUGAUGUGCAGGGAGCUUCAUCUGGUGGAGUAAAGAGGGCCAAGGUGGAGAGCUGGGAGAAGAGUGUUGGAACCCUGGGAGGUCGAGGGGCGUUAAGCUCCCUGGUGGUGCGAAAGAAACCAACGGCGACGGAUAAAAGACCCGUUACAGAGGAAGCAACUGUUUCUCCUGUAUCAAAAACAGAUUCAAAGACGUCAACGGGUGACUCGACGGAUGCUCCUAAAUCCAGCGUUUCCCAAAACGGCUCGUCAUCUCUCAGCCUGCUGGGGGCGUAUUCAGACAGCGACAGCAAUGACAGCGAGUGACAGCAGAUGUAGAGGAAGACGUGUGAAAGUUCAGCUCAGAAACUAAAUCAUAUGCAAGUUGUAUUGUCAUCCACCCUCGUAAAAUUCAUAAAAAAAAUAUAUUAUUUUAUGAUUUGUUUUUGAGUUAGAAUAAACGUAUGGUGAUUGUGUAAUAUUUUUGAACAAAGUGUUCCAUUAAAAUAUUUUAUUCAAACUUUAAAAGACUGAUUUGACUGCAGUGGUCAUUGAAAGUGAGGCAUAGUGAUGAAUUAAACUGUUCUUGUGUCACGUUUUAUUGCAAAAACAUGAACAAUAAAAAAAAUGCCCUCUCUCAUCUAUACCUGCUCUGUCAUUAGGCAACACAGGAAUUAAGAAAGCAAUAUUUAGACACUGUAUUUCAUAAAGAUGCAGCCA